AGAGCGGAAUUGUAUUCGGUCGUCCUGGAUAUAGCUAGCUCGGUGAUCGUUCGUAAUUGAACGACGGCAAUCGUUCGGUCGCUAAUGGUGACUUAGUCGGAAUAUUAUAUUCCAGUUAAAUUUUCAUUAACAUAACUCGAUUAAAGUUACAUUUUGCGAAGAAGUCAUAUCCGCCUUAAAAAAUGUGAAUAACUUGAUGAAUAUUCCUGCAAACUGAAAUUUUGUGGUUCGCUUGUCAUAUAUGGCCGGCCAUUUUGUAAAAUGCUUAUUCGUAUAGCUGAAACAAAAAUUGUUUGAUUUUUGGUUGUUUUUCGUUUUUCAUAAGAUAAAUUAAACAAUGCUAACUAAAAGAGGUUUAUAUGCAUAAUUUUUGAAUAGUUAAAGUGGAUCAUUGGUUUAAAAGUGUUGUGUCAGGUUAGAGCUGAACUUAAAUCGAAUAACAAUAACAAUUAAGAAGUUUGGAUAAAACAAAACAUCGGAAGUUAUUUUUCAAUUGGACAAUGAACGUGUAUCAUGGCAACAAGAAUUGAAUCUGAGUCUCCUCCAUCACCAACGAAUAAUGAAUCAGAUGGUGAAGCGGACCAAGAUGAUUUUGAAGAGGAAAAAUACGAUAUCAAGCCAAAAAAUACGGGAAAUGGAUUUGCAGAUAUAUUAAAAAGGCUCGAGUCGGCCGGAGCUCUAUUGAAAAAACCUAAAAAGGAGUAUCGUUGUAAAACAUGCGACGAGGAUUUUGUUGACUGGGAAGACUUGGAAAAUCAUUUAUAUCAACACGUAUCGCUGCCCUCGGUGGUACUGGAAAGGCUACCUUCAGACGAUGAGGACACGGUUGCAUCUGAAGAUGAAAAUUGGUCUGAUGAUGAGGAACUUCAGCUUCCACUCAAACGAGAAGCGCACAAGACGCCGCAAAAAGUGGAUUUUUCCCAGAUCUUAAAAAAGACUGGCCUGACAAUUAAAAAAAGUGAAACUGGUAAAAGUCCUGAUGCCGCAUUAAAUAAAUUAAGCAAUUUAGGAUUUACAAUAAAGAAAAGCUCUACUCCUAUCAAGAAAGAAAAGAUUGAAGAGCGAAAUGAGACACGUGAUAGUGAAAGAAAUAAAAAAGUGGGAAAUAUAAAGCUAAAGCUUAAAUCAGAUGGCAAUAAUAUUAAUACAUUUAAAGUUAUCAACGGCUUAAAAGAAUUUAGAACAUCUGACGAUGAUGAUGAAGAAAGUGAACACGAAGGCGGAAACGAUGAAGAAUUUGGCGAAAAUAAGUCUAAAAAUAAAAAUCAAGAUGAUGACGAAGAAGACUUUGAAGCAGACUCUGAUGAGGAACAACAUUUAAAUGAUAGCCGACGGAGUUCAGAGAACAGUGAGUCUGGCAAAAAUGACUUACUAAAUCAGAUGAAGAAAUUCCAAGGAAAACAAAUCAAAAUAGAACCUAUUAGAAUACAAAAAUCAGGAUCGCUUACCAUUGUGAAACAAUUACCAGCUAAGAUAGCUAUCAAAUCGGAUGCAUCUAUAGAGCAGAACAAAGAAAUUCUCAAAAGGGAGACACCAAUUGCAAAACCUUUGGGAAGACCGUCAGUUAAACAAACACCAAAACGAGGUCCAAACAACCCUCUACCUAUUAAGAAUCAAGAGUCGCAACAGACAAGCGAUAGUCCAUCACCAACAAAAGAGGUUCACAAAACACCGGAAAGACGUGAGUCGCAAGAAGUCAAUACGGAAAAUGUGGCAGUGAAACAGGAAGUUCACGAUUCUACAGAAACGGAAUCGAAAAACGUACCAUUUGUAUCACAAGAAAUCAAAUCCGAAAGAUCUUCACCUCCAUUGGAUAGAGCUCCUACACCUAUAAUAGCUAAGAUUAAAACUGAGCCGAGCGUUUCAAAUGCAACAACUACAGCAAAUUCUUUUCUGCCAGUUACAAAGACCGAAGACUCAAAUGUAACUAUAAUAGAAAUAAAUGGAGACUCUAACGACGAAGACGACGAUUGUUGUGUAGUGUCAUCUACGCCUGCACCUGACGUUAAACCGAUUAUUCCCAAAACGGAGGUUGCGACGCCAUUGCCGCCUCCUUCUUAUUCGACGGCAUUGCCUUAUCCGGCUUCUUCCCAACCCAGCAGCUAUACGACUGCACCGGUCCUAUCUUCACGACUUUCCUCUACGCCGUCGUUAGAAAAGCAACACAACUUUAACUGGAAUGCCCCAGACUCAAAACCACCUAUAGACAUGCUCGAAAAAAGUGCAGACGAUAUUUUUGAAAGUCUUCUAUCCUCUUCCACAAAGAAAGAAAACAUGUCAUCGUUAUCUGAUGUCAGUGAGUACAUAUCUCUCGAUACUUUAGGUCCUAAGCAUACAUGUGAAGUAUGCAAUACUAGAUUUACAGACAUAUCACUAUUCGAAGAGCACAAAAGAAUGACAGGCCAUUCAAACAGUCUUGUGGCACCUUCAUCAUCUACGCUACUACCCUAUAACCCCGCAUCGAAUUUAUUGUCUAGUUUACUGCCAGUUAAAUUAGCCGAGCAGGUGGGAAAGCUCUCCACUAUUGGUAAUUCAGGGCCCGGUUUUACCCACCAACAAAAUGUGAUGAUAAACAUCCAAGCUUAUCCCGGAGCGGGAGGAGUCAUGCAACCACCUCCACAACCGUACAACUCCUACGGCCCUCAGGGGCACAAUCAACAAGGAGGAUAUGCCCAGACCCCAAACAACAUGUAUACUUCGUCCCCAGGGCAGUCCAUGCCGGGACAAUAUCCGGGAUCCACAUAUCCCCAGAGUCCUGGUUAUGGUCAGUAUCCGACACCUAUGUCGACUCCUGGAUACCCGGGUACGAUGCCAACAAAUGUUUAUUCAAGUGCAUCUUCGCCAUAUUCAACUGCAUCACCACUACAAAGUAUGCAGCAAGCCGUCUAUGGACAAAGCGCAACCGGCAUGAUGAACCAACAGCCGGCUACGAUGAUGGCCCCCCCGGGAUCCUCGCCUAGUCAAGUUUACUCAUCGGCAUCGAGUCCUAAUGCCAUGAAACAAUCGAGUAACAUAAGAAUUCAGAACGUCCAAACCUUUCCUCCGGGUCACUUAGGCCAGACUAUUAAUUCGGGCCAAACGGCUACGUCAGGUCAGCAGGUCGGAUCCAACCAGCAACCUAUGCAUGGUCACAAUAUAUCUAUGGGACAGCCGAUGCCAGGACAAAUAACGAAUCCCACGCAGAUCCGGAUGGCGGUCGGGGCCAACAAUCCAGCGCUUCCUCGAACCCGAAUGCCAGUUGUUCGUGGUCCUCGGCAAGCGGUACGACCUGCCGUGCACCACGGACAGAUCAGAGGCGGAGCUGCCAAAGGACCGAGAAUGCCAUUGAAAAGGCCAGGACAAGUAAUCGGAGGCACCCCUCAGAAGAGACGGACCGACAUGCUGCUUCCGGGUAAACACGACAAUGAAGAUUGUCAAGUUAUGUCGAUGCAAAAGCAAAGAGAAGGAUUGCCGUUGAUCCACAGCGUACAAGGUGCCAAAGACAAAUUGAACCUCGGCAGCCAAAUCUCUAUAACUAAGAAAACUGUGAACAAGGAAGCGAAUGCGAUGGCCAACGUGUUAGCCUCGCGCGGUAUCAGUGUGAAGCAGAAACAGAAGAGUCGGUCGCCGUCGCCCCCGCGCGCUCUGCCUAACUUACCUAACAUACCAGGUGUCAGCAUAAAACAUUCAUCUAAAUCCAGUAAUUUCUCAAUACCAGAAGCUAAGAUCGGCGGUGGAAUGCUUUCCUGUAAGAUCUGCAAGAAGAUGUUCAUGAGCUCGACUUCGUUGUCGGUGCACAUGUCGAACGCUCAUCCACAGAGCAAGUUACCCGUGUUCAAAUGCGACGAGUGCCCCGCCUCAUACCCAAAGUCACUGCAGUUGCAGCAUCAUAAACGAGUGUUCCAUAAUGUCACCGGUCCCGACAGGGAAUUAGGUCUGCCCGUUGUAGAUCUAUCGCAAAUAGACAAUCUACAAAGGUUGAGCAAUUUAGGUAUAUACAGUUUCAUUCCGUUAGCGAAUCGGGAACAAGGUAACGGUUGUUUCGGUAUACCGGUGAUAUCAGUUCAUAAUGUCCAGAAUGGUUUGACCAGUGGCCUACAGGAGCUCGGCGCCGAUGGACUUUUAAGUCUCGGCCCACUCAAGCCAUUGCCUAAUUCUUAAAUAUAACUAUUUCGUGAUUUUAGAUUUAAUGUAACGAUUGUGCAACUACGUAAAAUAAUCUCUUUGUCGAUAGUAGAAUAAGUAUUAUCUCAGUUAAAUUUAUUUUAGCUUAUAACAGCGACAAUAUUCAUAAUAUUUUGAUUUGUGACAGCAAAUCAUCUUUGACCAAACAGUGCAAGGUCUAUCAAAAAGAAUGUUUUUCAAUUUAAACUGUUCAGCCACAAAGUUGUAUAGAUGCUUUUUAAAGUAUAUAUGAAUUUAUUUUUUUAACCUAACCUGGGUAAUACUAAAGUCAACUCUUCUCCGGAAUGACAAUCUGCCUCUACCUAAAAUUCAACGUUCGCUCCGUUUCCCGCAGCUUUUCGAAGAGUAAGUAUAAAUAAUGAAGUAAUGAUUGGUUUACAUUAUGCGAGUAUAGUAGGACAGUAGGACGCUGGAUUGACAUGGACUGUUUUGGCUCGUACUGUACUGACAUAAUGUAAACCAGGUACGAGUUAUUAUAAGUUAGAGAGAGAUUUAUUAAAAUACUGACAUACGUUAGGAGAAUUUUUUGUAAUAAUGUAUUCAGUUUGACUGUUAACUGUAUUUUCAUAAUGAUGAAAUAAGAUUCAAGAAAUUGAGUUGUCUCAAAAGUAUGUGAUUGAAUUGAAACAAAUGUUUAGUGUACAUUGUUAAUAUCUAUAUCGUAACUUUGAUUAUUUUUGCAUUGUUGUCGGCUAAUGUUUAUUGUUCCUUAUCUUUUGAUCUUGAGACUAAGUACGCGAAAGGAGGUUAAAGCAAGUGAACAAGAUUUAUGUGAGUGGCGGCUUUACUGUCGCUGAGUUAGCUGAUUGGCUAAAGAUGGUGCCCGGUAUACAUAGUUCUAGUCAAGCGAUCGGUGAUUAACGCUCCAUUAAAACUGGAAAAUUUAAAAUUCAUAGUGGACCCCAUACAGAGCAUUCCAGUCGUAGAUAACAUUUUUCCAUUUGUAUUUCAGCGCAUUUUAUGAUCGCUGGAUUAAAAUAAUGUAAACAGGGCAUAAAUUUCAUCGUUUAUAUAUAACAUUUUAGUAUUACCGCGAUGGUUAUUAUUUCCGCCAUUUUCAAAAAAACUUGGUCUGACCAUAUGCAACGGUUAGUUUCUUUAUUUCGCAAUUUAUUGUAUAAUUUGGCGCUAUUUGUUUACGUGUGCCUGUCACAAUAGAAAAAAUUUAAAACUAGAAAUAUUGCUAAGUCUAUCUAAUAAGAUUAAAUACUUAAAAUAGCUUUGUAAAUC